AUGACUGGCCUGCGGGACACCUGCGAGCAGGGCGCAGAAGGAAUCGAGACUCCAAUAAUGGGGGGACAGUCGCCCUGCACGGAGUCCGGCAUCGGCCCCCCGGGCAGCAGCAGCGACUCGGCGCCGCCCGACGCUGACGCAGAGUCGAUGCCGCUUGGCGACGCAGAGGCCCCGGCGACCAACCAGGCGUUGCUGGACACUUCCGCGAGUGUCGCCGCCAUCGCCGAGUACCUGGGCGUGCUGGUGUCCAGCAACCCAGCGGAGGCACUCGACCAGAUUCUUCAACAACGGGAGAGUGCAGCUGGAAAGGAAGCGAAGGAUGAUGGCGAGUCACAGCUCCCUGUGGCCAUGACAGCCGAUGACGCUCAUCGCAAUCACAAAAGCAGCGGGCGUCAGUUGAGGCAUCUGGUGAAAAUGUUGGCAAGGUACAGACACCGCAGGAGCACACACCGCAAGCUGUUUGUGGAAGCCCUGAAACGGAAGAUUGAGAAUAGAUAUCCAGCAGGCACUCAGUUUCAGAAAUGGCAAGACACUGCCUUCAUCACAUCUAUCCAGAUGUUCGACAUGUUCACCCCCAACCGGCGUGCAAGGCAUGUUGUGUGGGCCACUUUCACGAUGAUGGCGGUCACAUUCGUGGUGUUUGCAUUCAUGGCUGGUGCCUUCCCCCUCUACCGCUUCCAGAAGGGCUAUGAGGACGACUUGGACGCCCUGGGCUGGGGCCCGCACGACCUCUGGGACUGGGCAACCGACCGCAACAACACCACCAGAUUCGACUUCGAGUUCCUGUUGGGCUGGGGCGGUCGCUACCUGCCCUCAGUCAGCGAGGGCCAGUACUAUCGCUGGUUCACGUCCAUUAUUCUGCACCAGAGCCUUGUGCACCUCCUGUCCAACGCCCUCAUCUUCGUGGUCCUGGGUAGCUACCUAGAAUUCCGAUACGGCAGCCUGCGUGUGCUGGCCGUGGUCCUCCUGGCCGGCCUUGGGGGCAACUUUCUCAGUGCCGUGGCGGAGGACCGCUGCUCUAUCGUUGUGGGUGGCAGCGGCGUGGUGUUCGGCUUCAUGGGCUUUGCCAUCGUGGACCUGGUUCUAAACAGGGAGCUGCUGCUGCACACGGCGAUCCGUGUGAUUAUCUGUGCCCUCUUUGUGACGUUCCUAGUUAUGACCCUCGUCCUGGAGGAGUACAGCUCUCACAUCUCGCACGCGGGGGGGUUCCUGUGUGGCUUUGCCCCGGCGCUGUUGUUCACGCCGGACCUGAAAUAUGAGCGGGUGGAGGCCAUGCUGGUGUGGGGCGUGGCGGCCUUCAUCGCUGUUUACUUCACCGCGCUGCCAGCAGCUAUCUACCAUGGCGUGCUGCCGGAUCUUCAGUGCUGA